UGGAUAUGCUACGUCAUAUUUACGCGUCCGUGUUAUUAUUGAGGAACCACCGUUUGAAGUUGUUGUUGUCGUCAUGGUGGUGUUUCCAAGUUCACUGACGGAGGAAGAAGAGGCUCUGCAAAAGAAAUAUGCUAAACUUAAGAAAAAGAAAAAGGCCCUGCUUGCCUUGAAGAAGCAGAAUUCAACCAACCAGACAAACCAAAGUGGCUUAAAACGGACUUUGUCAGACCAGCCUGUUGUUGACACGGCAACGGCCACAGAACAAGCAAAGAUGCUCAUCAAGACGGGUGCCAUCAGCGCCAUCAAGUCAGAGAACAAGAACUCCGGGUUUAAACGCUCUCGAAUGCUGGAAAAAAAGGACCCCGAGAAAGGCCAAAAUCCGGCUUUCUUACCUUUCCAAAGGAGUGUCUCUACAGAUGAGGAACCACUUGAGGCUGGGAAAAGAUCCAGGAGGCCACUGUAUGAGAGCUUUGUCAGCUCAAGAGACAGAUUCCGGGAGGAGGAGGAAGGAGGCAGCGUGCCGCCCAGCCGUGAAGUGGAAAGGGACGUAGAGCGAGAGCGGGAGCGGGACCGGGAACGAGAGCUGGAUAGAGAGCGGGACAGAGAAAGAGAGAGGGACAAAGACCGGGAGAGGGAGAGAGACAGAGGCCGGGACAAGGAAAGGGAGCGGGACAGAGAAAGAGAAAGAGACAGAAGCAGAGAAAGGGAUCGAGACAAUGACAGGGAACGGGACAGAGAAAGAGAUGCACCGUUCAGACGUUCAGAUUCAUACCCAGAGCGGAGAGGGGUACGAAAGGGGAACACGGUGUAUGUUUAUGGCUCUGGGCUCGGAGAGGACAGCCUGCGCUCUUCCUUCUCUCCACAUGGAACCAUCAUUGACCUCUCCAUGGACAACCCACGCAAUUGUGCAUUUAUCACUUUUGAGAAAAUGGAGUCUGCAGACCAGGCCGUAGCUGAGUUGAAUGGAGCCACAGUGGGAGAUGUUCACGUCAAAGUGAGCAUCGCCAGGAAGCAGCCUAUGCUGGACGCUGCCACAGGCAAAUCUGUCUGGGCUUCACUGGCUGUGCAGAACAGCACUAAAGGCUCCUACAGGGACAAGAGGAAUCAAGUCGUGUACAGUGAAGAUUUCCUGUGAUGAAUUUUUUUUAUUUUUACUUUUGAUGUUAUUUUAAUGACAUCCGCUAGUUUCUGUGUUGCAGCAUAAAUACAAAAUAAUCUGUUGUCUCUUUGAUUGGAGCAUUUUUCAUGGUUGGUAUGUAAUGCUUUGUGGUUCAUGAAACUAGAGAUGCUGUUUGGAUCUCAAUAAAAAUAUUUCCAUGA